UGCAGUUAAGGUUAGGUUAAGAAGAUAAACCAGUUGUCAGGUGACAGUACAGCCAGGCUGAAUAACUAGCAGCAUUGAAGGUAGUUUUUAACUGAAAAUGACAGCUCCAAGUGGUAGUUGGCUUCAUUGGAACUGGGAAGAUAUGUGCGGUCCUGGUGGAUUGACAUUGUGGUCUGUGAAGGGCCAUGAUGUUGGAAUCUGCUUUCAAGAACUAUGCCUACAAGUGCCUGUAUUUAUGUUGAUAGGAACAAUUUCUGCAUAUUACUGUGGUAAACAGACCCAGUGGAUUGUUCGUAGCCGAAAACAAUUACAGGUGUUAGGACUGCGAGCCCUGGCAACUCUUCUCAUGGCAGUAGCUGCUGCAGCAAGAAUCUGCACUGCAAUAGCAUUAAGUCCAGGUUCUCUACAGCCAGUAGACUAUUUUUUGGCUGUUGUUGAAGGAGUAACCUGGUUUGUACAUCUUGGAUUUAUCCUAGCUUUGAGACAUCAUUCAGGAACAUCAUUACGAGGACCUUUUUCUUUGUGUGUGCUGUGGACCUUAAGUUUUGCUCUUUCUGCAAUUUCCUUGCGUUCUCAUAUAUUACUAUACCAUGGUGUUCCUUUGCCAGAUUUAUCAAAAUUUGUAUAUAUUUCCUAUGGCUUCAGCAUUGUAGAAUUGGUUCUCCAGUGUCUUUAUAUGGUCACCUUGUUUCCAAGUGAGAGAUCAUGGAAUGUUGGCGCAUACGAAGGAUUCGACCCGCACUUGCACAAUUCUGAGAGCCAGAGUUUACUUGGAUCCCCUAGACUGGGUACAUACAGCCGGUUCAGAGAGGAAAGAGAUCCUUUGUAUCUUGGUACUGCAAUGGAAGAUGCUCCGUUUUGUUCCAAACUCCUGUUUCACUGGGUCACACCUCUCAUGGAGAAGGGUGCUAAGAAGAAGCUGGGAAAUUCUGAUGAUUUGUAUGAUCUUCCACUCAACUUGACUCCUGCAUAUUUGUGUUCUCAGUUGGAGAUGGCGCUGGUUCUGUCUUCAGUAUCUACGAAGCAUAGCCCACAUUCAGUUGCUACAGAUGCUGCUGUAGAUGUUAAUGGGGCACCCCACAGAGAGGUGGAGAUACCAGAUGUAACAUGGAGGGGAGUGAAAUCACGGAAACCAGCUUCACUUCUUCGAGCUCUGCACACUUGCUUUGGGAUUCAGUUCUACAGCAUCGGUGUCCUAAAGCUUUUAUCAGACAUUGCAGGCUUCAUGGGGCCCUUGCUUCUUAAUAAGUUAGUGACAUUCAUAGAGACAAAGUCAGAGUCAUUGCAUGAAGGCUAUUUGUAUGCUGCUGGUCUCUUUGCUGUGACUUUAAUAGCAGCAUUGUGUAAUGCUCAUUUCAACUUCCUUAUGCAAGAAGUGGGCCUCAAGAUACGAGGAGCAUUGGUGACAACUGUAUACAGGAAGACUCUCACUGUCAGCAGUAUUGAACUCUCCAAAUUCAGUCUUGGAGAAAUCGUGAACUUCAUGAGCACGGAUACUGAUCGCAUUGUGAACUCAUGUCCCAGUUUCCAUUCCUUCUGGAGUAUUCCAUUUCAGAUUGGUGUGUCAUUUUACCUAUUACAUACACAAGUUGGCCUUGCAUUUUUGGCUGGUGCUAUUUUCACUAUUAUUUUAAUUCCUAUUAAUAAAUGCAUAGCUUCAAAAAUAGGUGAGCUGAGUACAAAACUGAUGUUACAGAAAGACGGACGAGUGAAAGUUAUGGCUGAAAUUCUGCGUGGGAUCCGUGUGAUCAAAUUUCAUGUGUGGGAAGACCACUUUGUUGAAAAGAUUGGAAAGCUGCGUGAAUUGGAACUGAAGUACUUGCGUGGUCGAAAGUACCUGGAUGCCUUAUGUGUAUAUUUUUGGGCUACUACUCCUGUUCUCAUCUCCAUUUUCACCUUUGUUACUUAUGUCCUUCUUGGCAACAAACUAACAGCUGCAACUGUUUUUACCAGUAUUGCUCUGCUGAACAUGUUGAUUGGUCCGUUGAAUGCCUUCCCAUGGGUGUUAAAUGGUCUUACUGAAGCAUGGGUUUCUCUUAAAAGAAUUCAAAGACUGUUGGAGCUAUGUGAUAUGGACCUUGACGAUUAUUAUACUGCGCUGCCUGAUGACAAGUCUGAACUUGCCAUAUAUGUUAAAAAUGGAUUCUUCAGCUAUGGGUCCACUGAGAAAGAAAGCCAAGCAUCAGAGACUUAUGCUCAGGAUGAAGAAAAUCAAGAUGUUGAAACUCCUACAAAGUUUAUGCUUAGAAACAUUUCCAUUACAGUCAAGAAGGGGCAGUUCAUAGGAGUAAUGGGCAAUGUUGGGACAGGAAAGUCCUCUCUGUUAUCUGCACUUCUUGCAGAAUUGGACAAGGAAUCUGGUGUCAUAGCCCUCUCAGAUCUCGAUAAAGGUUUUGGGUUUGUUGCUCAGCAGCCUUGGCUUCAGAGGGGCACAAUAAGAGAAAACAUUCUGUUCGGGAAAUCAUUCGAACACAACAGAUACAAAUCUGUCAUUGAGGCAUGCUGUUUGGCAGAUGACUUCGGUAUGCUGCCCGAUGGUGAUAUGACUGGUGUAGGUGAGGGUGGAGUCACUCUCAGUGGAGGCCAGAAAGCCAGGGUGUCAUUAGCUCGGGCUGUGUAUCAGGACAAGAAUAUUUACUUUUUGGACGACAUCAUGUCAGCUGUUGAUGUAAAUGUAGCCCGGAACAUAUUUGAGAAGUGUAUUAAUGGUCUUCUGCACAGCAAGACCAGAAUUCUGUGCACACAUCACAUCCAGUAUCUGCUCUCUGCUGAUCAUAUUCUAGUUAUGGAAAAUGGAAUAAUAACACAACAGGGUAAACCUAUGUCUGUUCUGUCUGAUUAUGACGAAUAUCUCUUGCCUUCCGAAUUUGACAUUGGUGAUUCAAGUCAUAGCCACAAAGACAAUGAGAAACUGAUAAGAAGUGACUGUGAUACAGAAUCAGUAAGUGGUGACAGUAUUUUAGAGGAAGAGGAGCGGGAAGAAGGAAAUGUCCAGCUGAAUGUUUAUUUGUCGUACCUGAGAGCAAUAGGAUACUUGCUGAGUGGAGCUAUCUUGCUUUCCAUGCUUCUCAUGCAGUCCUCUAGGAACCUUACAGACUGGUGGCUCAGUUAUUGGGUGACUCAUGACUCUUCACAGUCUCACAACAAUACCAACAGUUCACUUUUCAUUUUUGAAGUAGUAACAGAUUCCAGUGAUGGGAAUGACAUUUCAUAUUACUUAACAGUGUAUGCCCUUUUCGCUGGUCUCAAUUCUGUUUUUACACUCUUCAGAGCAUUCCUGUUUGCUUAUGGAGGGAUACAUGCUGCUACAAAAGUUCAUAAACGACUACUAAAAACAAUAAUUAAGGCAACUGUGACAUUUUUUGAUGUGUCACCUCUUGGCCGUAUUCUCAACAGGUUUUCGUCUGACACAUAUACAAUAGAUGAUUCUUUACCUUUCAUUAUGAAUAUUCUACUGGCACAGUUCUUUGGACUGUUAGGUACAGUAAUCAUAACAAUUUAUGGACUACCAUGGUUGGUUCUUAUUCUUGCUCCGCUGAUUCCGGUAUACCAUUGGCUUCAAAAUCUGUACCGGCUCACUUCUCGGGAAUUAAAACGAUUAUCCAGUGUCACACUCUCCCCUGUGUAUAGUCACUUCAAUGAGACCCUUUUGGGUUUACCUACAAUCAGAUCAUUCCGAGCUGCUCCCAGAUUCAGGAGGAAAAAUGAAGAGAAUGUGGAAGCAAAUCAGAAAUGUCAAUAUGCAAGUCAGGCAGCUGGUCAGUGGCUGAGUUUGAGACUGCAGUUCAUUGGAGUGGCCAUGGUGACUGGAAUUGGAUUUAUAUCCAUGUUGCAGCAUCAGUUCAAUGUGGCAGAUCCAGGUUUGAUUGGUCUGGCUAUAUCAUAUGCCCUGGCUGUGACUGGUUUGUUGAGUGGUGUUGUGAAUGCUUUCACUGAGACAGAGAAAGAGAUGAUUGCUGUGGAAAGAGCAUGCCAAUAUAUUGAUCAGGUAGAGCCUGAGAAGAACAGGGAGAUAAUUGCUCCGCCAUUUGCUUGGCCUAGUCAGGGUGUCAUCACCUUCACCAGUGUUGUGCUCAAGUACAGAGAGCAUUUGGCGCCUUCUCUAAAGGGAGUAAGUUUCUCUACUCGUCCUGCAGAGAAGAUUGGUGUGGUUGGUCGAACAGGUGCUGGCAAGAGCUCACUGUUCAUGGCCUUGUUCAGACUUACUGAAAUCAGUGGUGGGGAAAUUCUUAUAGACACAGUGAAUAUAGCCCAUAUUGGUCUUAGAAGUUUACGAUCUCGUGUCGCUAUUAUUCCUCAGGAACCUUUCCUUUUCUGUGGAACUGUGAGAGAGAAUAUUGACCCCCUGGAUGAGUACCGUGAUUCUGAGUUAGCUGGGGCACUGCAACGAUGCCAUUUGACUACUGCAAUCAACAGAUUAGGAGGUUUGGGAUCCCAGGUAGAACAUGGUGGUCAUAAUCUAUCUGUGGGACAGCGCCAGCUUCUUUGCUUAGUCAGAGCUGUGCUUCAUAAUGCAAAGAUCUUGUGCAUUGAUGAGGCAACAGCAAAUGUAGAUACAGAAACGGAUCGACACAUUCAGCAUACUCUGCGAACAUCGUUCCAGAAGAGCACUGUAAUAACCAUUGCACACAGAAUUCGUACAGUCAUGGAUUCAGACAGAGUGUUGGUGAUGCGAGAUGGUGAAGUACUGGAGUUUGAUUGCCCAGACACACUAUUACAAAACAGAGACUCACACUUUUAUAAGUUAGCCCACCAAGAGUUUUAUUAAUGGAUCGAAACAGACGAGCGGGGAGCGUGUCUGAAGAAUACUGGUGGAGACUUUUCAUGGCAGUUAGCCCUGCCUAGUGAUGACGGUGCUGAGUGGAGGCCCUAAAAAGGGCCGUUUUGUUUAGCCUCUGUUGGAGCGAGCUAGCAAGCAUGGUGUGUUUCCUUGCAACAGACCAGUGUUCUUCUUUUGCUUCCCCAUGUCUUCUUAGUAGCAGCCCGGUGUUCUUCUUAGUGGCCACUGGGGGCUUACGAGCUGGCAGGAUAGCAGUGAGUCCGGCUGGAUAGGCACUAUGGUGCGUGCACUGGCAGAGUCGGUGCUGCUCUGCUUACUGGAGAGUGGAGCGGUGUUGGUCUUCUGCUUGCAGUGAAGCGUUGACUGAUAAAACUGAUGGUAGCCAGUCGGAGGCCCGCAUCUUUAUACUAAUAUCGCUGCAUGGCACGCAGACUAGUUGGCAAUGGAGCUGCUAUUAUGGGCGCUGAUUGGAUAGCGCUUAUGUUGGUGUCCAGAGAACCAGGCUGCAAGUGAUGUAUAAAUAUUGCCUGUUUUUGGUGCACUACGGGAGUUGUCUGUUAUGCACUGUGGGACGUUCCCACAACCCACUUGUGUUUAAAGGGUGUCAUGCUGGAAUCAUUGAAAAUUUAAGGUUACCUCCAGUGGUAUGACUUUCAUGUUAAAUUUAUGAGAAAUCAGUCAACUGGUUUGAAAGUUAAUCUUGGACAUGAACAUGCACAGAUACAAUAUGCAGACCCUUUGAGACCCAUACAGAAUUGUAGUGACAUUAAUGGUACUGAAACUAAAAUAAUCAGCAGCCACAGUCUGGCAGUUUUGUAUGUUGAGCAGUGUCCCCAAGAGAACUUCUGAAUGGGAUAUCUAAUAUGUAUAUAUGACUAAUUCUGACGUUGUAGCCCAAAAGUUUUGUUCUUAGUACAGACAUCAGAAUCAUUUCCUCUAAUGUCCUUCUCUUGACUGCCUAAGAGCAGUCAUUGAGUGUGAGCUGUUAUAAUUGAUUAUAAUUGAUUGUAAUUCUAAAGAAGUGUCAGUAAAUCCAAUCAUCCAAUCCAGAACCCGUUGUUAUUAGUCACACAAACCCCUUAUUCAUGACAUUAUAUAAGAAGUUAUUGCUAGCAUACCAGUGUUCAUUUUAACAAAAUACAUUUCCUGCAUGAACAAAUAGUAUUCAAUUCUGUUGCAUAAUUAUGGAAUUCAAGUUAAUUUCAUACUAAGAAAUAGAAAUUUGGUUCCCGUGUUGUUUGUGAUCAGUGUAGCAAGAUUUAAGUUUCUCUCUAUGUUAUGAAAUAAAAAUUUUUGCUUACCAGAAUUCCAGUUUGUCAUAUUCAAUUUCUGUGCCUUGAACUGUCAUCUUUUCUAAUCCAGGUGUAGCAGAACAGACCUUCAUGGAUAUUUUGAUGAAUUAUAAUUGAGAUGCAGUAAGAAUUAAAAUGAUAUACAAGGUACCAAGCAAAAGAGAUGGCAAGUGUAACUUACCAUUGGUCUGCUAUGACUGACUACUGCCACAACAGUUAUAAGGUUUAUAAUCUCAAUAUUAAUAGAGUGUAGGCUAUGGGUUGUGUUAUGGCAGGGCAAGAAAGAGAGAGAGAGAGUUAACAGGGUUUGAUUUUAGACAUUUCAGCAUAUUAAUCAGCUGCAUUAAGCAAAGGCCAAUCCACCUGCCAAUAACAAAUUUUCUUAUAAAAAUGAAAAUAAUGUGUAGCGGCUGUGUUCUUUGCUGCAUGGCCUGUGGUUUCUGAGUAACAUUGUUUGUGUGUUAUUCUGCAUAGUGUUAGAACAAGAUUAUAUUUCAAUCUGUGUUACUUUUCUAAAUGAGAUUAUUACAUACCAUAGCCAUUCUAUGCAUUCAGUAUAGCAAGAAUGUGUACAUAUUUAUAAAUUUAAGAAAUAUUACAAAACACAAGAAAACUAAAUUAUAAAGCUAUGUUUAUGCAAACAAAUAUUUUGUUACAUGAAUUUAUGGUGUCAGAUGAGGUACAUUCUUCAGCAGUUCACAGAGCAAACAUAUCCCUUCUGUGACUUGGUACAGUAGCUCCUGGAGUUUCCUUUGUUAUGUUAGUGAAAGCUAAUUGGUUGUGAUAAAAAAUAUUGUAUGUAUAUAUUUUUUACAAGUGAGAUGUGCCAUAUUUUAUUCAGCAGAUUGUUAUGUCAUCUUGAAAUAAAUUAAAAUGAAGCAUGAAAAGAGAAGAUGAAAAUUUGUUGUACUGUGUUUUGUGAGAGGAACCCAUCAACAGUAUGAAAAAUUAAGAAGUUGUGACAGAAUAUGAAUUUUAUCAGUAAUAGGUUGUAUGCAACACUGUAGAAGAAAUUUGAAAUGACAUAUUAAA